AUGGAGCUGGACUAUGCAAACACGAGUCCAGCUUCCCGAGGAGCCACGUCGUCGCAGGUGCCCAAGGAGGAUCGCCGCGAUCUGUUCAUCAAGGAAGCGUCGUGUGAGUCAAGCACUGUCCCAUUUCGCAGCGCGCCCCCCACCACGUACCGGCCGGCUAAUUCGCUUGGCGUACUGUCAUGCUUAGGUCAUGCGACGAUGGUGUGCGCCGGAUGGUCGGAUUCGAGCUCGGGUCCUUUGAUCCCCUAUAUCCAGGUCUGUCUGUCGGAGUCGUGUGUCGAGGGUAAUGCGGGGUUGAGCUCAGCCGCUGAUUGUUCGCACCUCCGCCGUGCCACAUCAUCGCUCUUGGCACGUCAGGCCUACUUUGGCGUCAGCUACACCGUUGGUGAGUGCUCGGGAAUAUCCAUCUAUGCAGUCCUGAUAAUUCACUGAUUCAAUGCCAUUCUUUCAGUGUCAAUGCUUUUUGUAGGCCUUCGACGCCAAAAUUUUCUUUCGCGCGAAAUCCUGCGCUGAUCUAGCCGGAUCGCUCUCCUAGAUCGGACAAAUGGUUGGCUUCUUGACCGCCGGAUUCUCCAACUCGUAUUGGACCGAGAAAUAUGGCCUCGGUAAAGUCAUCGCCGUUGGAUCCAUUAUCCAACUCUUCGGCUUCGUCUUCCUUAUCCCCGCCUUCGCAUUUCCCGUGAUGCCCGUAUGCUACGUUUUGCUCGGCUUCGGGAUGGCCUUGCAGGACGCCCAGGCAAAUACUUACAUUGCAACGUUGCCAAACGUCGAGUUCAAGAUGGGGUUGCUGCAUGCGAGCUAUGGCUUUGGAGCCCUUAUCUGCCCGCUAGCAGCUACGGCGUUCGCUUCAUCGGGGAUCCGGUUCUCGUAUUUCUACUCCGUCUCGAUCGGCGUCGCCUCCCUCAACGCGGCCAUUCUCUUGUACGCGUUCAAGUUCUCGUAUAGGAUACCCAAAGUGCAGCCCGCACCGCUGACGACGACGCCGCCGAAUGAAUGGGAAGCUGAGAAUGGCGCAAUCGAGCUCGAGUCAAUAUCGAGGAACGGACUGCCUGGGGCUGAUAGGAAUGAUCUGACCGAUUCGAAGGAACGGGGCGAAGACGGGACGGGGACACCGUCAUCGGCGAAUGGUCAACGGAGCUUUCAAUACCCCCCUGGACCGAGCUUGGAAGGCGGAGUACUACCUCCGGGGAAGGACAAGGGGAUCUUGAGGCAGACGCUCGAGAAUCGGACGGUGUGGAUCUGCUGCUUGUUCAUUCUCGUCUAUGUUGGCGCGGAAGUGUCGAUGGGAGGCUGGAUCGUGACGUUCUUGAUCGACAAUCGGAAUGGUGGUCCUUCGUAAAUCAUCGUGGGGCUCCCCCCCCCCCCCCGUUUCCUCUCUCUCUCUCUCUCUCCACUGCUGCAAGCUGACCUUUGAUCUGGUAUCAAAUCCGACUCUCUCUAGAGCGGGCUACGUCGCUACGGGAUUCUGGGGCGGGCUCACCCUCGGCCGAGCGGUGACGUCUCCUUUCAACGUCUGGUUCGGUGAAAAACGCGUCAUCUGGCUGUACCUCUUCAUCGCGACGGGUCUCGAGUUUGCGAUCUGGUUCUCGCGUGAUUUUGUGGGCAACGCCGUCACCGUCGCCCUCGUCGGGUUCUUGCUCGGACCGAUCUAUCCGGUGCGUUGAUGUCUCUUGGCCUAGGAAUCGUUUCUUCCCCACGAUAUCCCGCAGUUCGGGCGGGAAGGUGUUGAUUGCGAUUUCGACGACUUUUGCAGAUCACGAUGAGUAUCUGCACCAAAGUACUGCCGAGAAGUUUGCACGCCUCGGGGAUCGGCUUCAUCGCCGCUGCCGGACAAGCAGGUGAGUUGAGUACUCACUAGUACGCGCCGGCGGCGCGUGGUAUCGAAACCAUUCUCAUCCCAUGAACACACACACACACCCAACACUGAUCAUAUUUGUUUCUCGACGCGUAUCGGUUCUCAAGGUUCAGCCAUCUUCCCUUUCCUCACAGGUGCUCUCGCGCAAAGGUUCUCCCCCGCCGCUUUGCAACCCGUCUUGAUCACCUUGUUCGUCGUGCAAGCCCUGAUCUGGAUCUUUUGCCCCUCACCCGAUCGCAAGAAGGAAUGA